AUAUACAUGUAUACAAGGAGGUGGGCGCACGCGAAAUCAUGCUGUGAAAUUUUUCAAUUUCAGUGCUCCAGUAGCUCAAUUGUCUACACCCUGGAAUAUCAGAAAUGUCAUCCAGCCGCUUCACCUACAGUGGAUUGGUAAUACAUGUACAUCAAGCAGGACGGCAGCUUUCGCAUAAGACGAGGUCCAGAUAAUACAAGCAAAUUGAUGACGUGUUUUAACAUGGUAUGGAAAAAGCCCUUGCUGCUGCAAUAGAAACACGAUUAUCAACUUUUCGGCAACCAGAAAACGGCCCACAGACAUCCACCAUGAGCAGCCCCAAGUUCGUCAAGCGCCAGGCCCGCAAGCGACGGGGCCGGAAGCGCCGGAUGGACUCCAACCCGGCCUGGGAGCACAACGUCCGGUUCAGCGAGGGGUCGGACACCAGCCUGGACGAGGCCCAGAAGGACUACAUGGAGAACGUUGCCGCCCACCAGAGCGACUCAGCCUCGGAGGAUACCGUGAUGAUGCGGCGGCUCUCCUCGCUCAACGUCACUUCCUCCAGCAACCUGUACGGCGAGUCGGACUCCGUCACCGAGAGCCACGUCCUCCCCAAGCAGACCCUGCGGCGCAAGAAGCGGUUCAAGCGCAUGGUGGUGGACCCCACCCGUAUUCCGCCCGGUGGUUGCCCCCCAGCCAAAAUCAAGUUCUCCUGCGGCGCCGACUUCUUGCCAGAGUGUAGCCGGAAGAGACACAAGCUAAAGAGAUCCAGAAACAACCCAUCAGAUAAUGCGGAAAACGCGUCCCACAUCGACGGGGGGAAAUUUGGCUUUGACAUUCUCGGUUUCAAAUCCAAGAAACGGGGCUGCGCUGGUGGGAGUAAAAAUCGGUCGGUCUCUAAGCCGAGCAAAUCGGAUUCCAGUCCGCAGAGUCCCAGCCAAGUUGAUCUUGCCACAAACUCCGACAGCAGUGUCCACCAGAGGGUGUCCACCGAAAGCCCUGUGUCUCUGCCGGACACCUCAUCUGGGACUGGACGGAAGCUGUCAGGGAGCGAUGCAGCCAGCGAGAAAACGAUUGGACGCGAGAUGGAAUGCACAAGUAAUGAGAGUGAUGUCACCAUGGAUGCACUGCCCUCUAAAGACAGAAGCAGCUGUGAUUCCGAUGACAGUCUGACUAGCAGUGACGAGGGGGCAUUGUACACCAAUGAUGAGGGACGUGAGGGUGACGACGAGCAGAGCGAUUUCUUCCAGGAGCCUGACGCACUGAGCGGCAUCCCCGGUAUCAUUCCGUGGUGGGAGAAAAAGACUGCAUUACGCAUGAAGGAGGACGAGAGAUUCAGUAACAUUUUAAACGGCACGAUUCCUCUGCUGUCCAGAAGCGCCCAGAGAAAUUACCAGUCACGAUUGAGGAGUCUUCAGAACGGUGAGGAUGGCCAGCUCAGGGGCUGCAGACCAAGAAUCCACAAAACCAAGAGGCUGAAAAGAACUUCCUUGUCCUCCGUUAAUGAGAAGAUUGUAGGCUUCCUGAGAAAUCCCCACGAAAAAGAGUUGCUUUUUCAGCCCAUGAAGAAGAAGGAACGGACGCAGCUAGGCCAGCUAGCUUCCCUGUAUUCCUUGGAUAUGAGAACCGAAGGAGCCCGGUGUAAGAGAUCACCCGUCCUCGUCAAAACCAGAAAUUCUACCAUGGGGGAUCCCAACCUGGAGGAAGCCCUGGGCCUGGUGUCCCUGUCAGUGGACCGCAUCAGCCCAGGGAGAAAGUCUCUCUGCCCACAGUUCGUCGAUGCCAAGAGGAGGCGGAAAACCCCUCCCCCAACCAUCACAGAAGGUCAAGUUGGCAGAUCAGCUGGCCCGAUUCCACAGAGCAACCUCGGCUGUCAGAUGCUACAGAGUAUGGGCUGGGUCCCCGGCACUGGACUCGGCGCUGAUGGCGGGGGAAUCCAGGAACCCAUUAAGGCCUAUGUCCGACCCAAGAACAGAGGCCUGGGCUACUGGAAGCUGAGAUAGGCCUGUGAACUGAGACUGUCCGGUGUCCAAUCUCCCACCGAGCUGCUCCCAGUUUCAGCCUCCAGAGAGUAGCCAGGUUCUCUGUGUUGGGUUUGCCACAUUUGAAGAAGCCCCUGGAUCACCGACGCUUUUCUGGCGAUGCCAUCUCAGGACAGGGGGGUCUUCAAUUGCGAUGCAGCCCUGCAGGAUCAGUCUCUCCGAGCACGGACAGUUGAGGGCGCUCUCGACAUAUAGAACUGGGGAGACUGCGCUCACCGGAUAUUCGUUAUUACCUUGUCUGAUAGUUCGAAAUUGCUGCCUGCAAGCAAAGUGCUACCGCUAAGCUUUCAUCGUGAGAAGUGCUUAUUAUGCACAUAACAGUAUCGGCGACACCAUUUGUAACCAAGGUGUGAGACAACCGUGGUAUGGAGUUUCGGACCAUUUUUAAACUUCAUGCAUAAAAAAGAAAAUUCAAAUCGUAGAGUUAAACAGUAUUAGGGGGAUAGCUGACUGAUCUGCUGAAUUUUUUCAAAUGUCACUCUGUUGUGGCUGGUACAAAUGCGAUAGUGUCUUGAGGCGCGUAGUUUAGUGAAUGCUUUAAACCAGUCUGCCAUGGAGUUUCCUUUAUUCUGUGGCUGAGCGCGUCUUUUUAGUGCGCUACUUGCCGGCAUUUUCAGGAAUGUGCUGUUCCAUCGUGAGAUUAUUCAGCAAGGAGGCGUAACCAGAUCUCCAUCAGUGGAUGGUCGUCGUCACUGGGAAAAAAAGGCUCCUUCAUUGGGAACCGGAGAUCUCCCACUGUUUCUAUCUUCACAAUAAUCAAUGCCAAGAGCAGAGCAGAAUGGACAGUUGUGCCUGCUUGAAACAGCUCCGCUGAGGAGAGCACCUCGCCAAAUGUACCCAAGCUGUUCCCAUCAGCAUUGCCCAGGAACUGAGUGGUUGAUCCCCCUAGCGACAUGAACUUGACAGUAGCCCGUUGAGAACACCCAGCUAAGUUUUUUGGAACCCUCACCGUAAGCAUCUUUCUCCCUUUACAAGGGUCCUCAGUAUUGUCCCAGGAGAAAUUCAUAUCCUUUUUCAUAAAAAAAACCCAGAAAGCCACCAAAAAAAAGGUAUGUGCGAUGCUUUUUAUGCUCAUUUUAUUUUUUUUAAACUGCAUAUAUUUUUGAGAUGUACAUAUUUCAAAUGUUCAUUGUAAGUGAAUUUUAAGCUCCAUUAAUACGAGUCACUUAACGGCCAAGCACAGAGUAAGUGAUCAAUUGUACCAGGGCUAGGCUGCUGAAAAUAGUAUUUAUUUGUCUUUGUAAAUGUACAUGCUCGGAAAUCUUUGAAAUGGGUAGUCUUCCUUUGUCUUAGUCGGAAAUAUUAAAUAGUCGUCUACAUGAAUCAGAUGUGCGCCUCGUCGUAGUUAUAAACUUGGAGAGAAGAAAAAUGCUAAGUCUUGGCAAGAAGUACCUGUACAUAUGUAGAUUUAUAUCAAUUCAGAAAUGUGGUCCUCGGCCUAAGAAUCAAAUAAAAAAAAUUAGGCCACAUUUGGAUUUGUAGGCUAUGGCUGGAAAUGCAUGUACAUGUAUAUAUGUAUAUGGAAAGUGCACAAAGCCGUAGCCGCAGCAACAUAAUUCAGAUGCGGCCUACAGCCAAACACUUUCAGAUCGGUCGUAAUCCAGGGACUGAAGGUUUCUGGCAUCAGUACUUCUCAUGGGACGUGACAUCCAAUUUGUGUCCAUAAAGAAUGUGCCAGAGAGGUUUCAUACUUGAGCGACAUUGUGAUGGACUCAGGGCAGUGUUGUAGUCAAGACCACUUACAUGUAAGACCGUCACAAGACCAGCACAAGACCAACACAAGA